UCACUCGAAGAAAUCAUGUCGACGCAUAAGGAGGUUACGUCGAUAUGAGGAUGUCGCAUACAUCAAGAGAUUACAUCUAUGUAUAUUUCAUGGGAGCAGUUCUUAUUGAAGGGCGUCUCCUUCUGAAACUGGCUCCAAGAGAAUGUUUGACCCACAUGUAUAUAUAGUUUUUCCCUUAACUGGACGCAUAACACAAAUGUUUGUAAUCUAACGGGUGGCAACCUAUAUAGGAAACGAAAAUACGGAAACAAGAGCUUCGUCGUCAGUCUCAAUUUUGAAAAUCUGUGUUUAGUUCAUUGUCAGCAGUUCGGGAUGCCUGACGUUUGAAGUAGCCUGCGCUAGGCCAGUUGAUAUAAUCUUUCUUCUCGUUUGAAAAAUGAUUCAACACAUUAGAAUAUCUCGUCAGUUAAUAUUCGUCAAUAAAAUCUUGUUCGUUUUUUCCCUCUUUGGAUUAAUCGGCGCACCACACACUCAUAACAUCCGGGCAAAACGGUAUUUUUUUCCAUUAUUUAUUGCCAUCGAUGGGAGUUUCACGGAGGUGAAAGUGAAUGAAUGGAAAGGAGCAGCUAGUAAUAACAGAAACCAAGAGGAAGAUGGUUCCGCUUUUAUAGUGGAAAUAUUGAAAAAUCUCGGCGCUGAUUUGGUAGAUUCAGUGGAAUAUGGCGACGACGAACUGACCCAAAUUCUCCUAAGUGAAAUCAAAGAUGUAUGGCGACGUAUAGUCAAUAACCCAAAAUCGUUGGUGAAUUCCGGCGAGACGCCUGAAUCGCUGGGAAUCUACAUGGCUAAAAUCCUUUUCAUCGCUAAGGAUAGGCAUUGCGAAUCACCAGACGAGACAUUUAUCAAUGGCAAAUGUUUUCCCAUCAGUACAAGAGAAAGGAGCGAACAUUGUCCGGAGAACAUGGGACUCUAUGACGAUGAAAAGAACGAAGGAUUUUGUGAAUGUCUGGAACUGACGAAAGAAAAAGCGAAAUCAGAACUAAGGCCAAUAUAUUCAAAUGAAACUGGCGUCUGUUAUCGGCAAAAUACUCAGGGCCCCUGUGAAAUUGGAGAAUGGUUCGUACUGAAGAACAGGUAUCCGCAGUGCGAACCGGUCCCGGAAGGAUGCCCAACUGACGGUCGGCACGUCUACUGGAAUCUUGAUCCUUCCACGGCCAAACAAUGCUUGGAGAUAUGGACUCAGGGACCAUGCGAAGAAGGAAAAUUAUUGCAUUUGGAACAAGACACGGAAGCACAGGUUUACUGUAGCUUCCAAUCAGCAGAUAGCACGGGUGACAUUUCUAAAGUGAAUGAUCCUCCAUGCCAGCCAGGUAGUUUCCGAGACCAACACGGCAUAUGUAGGAGUAAUACCCAUCCUGGUUAAAAAACAAAAUUAAUUCGUGUGUACCCGGCUUGGUUUAGCAAUUCAGUUGUUACAUGUUUUUUUUGUUUUUGUUUUUUAAAAGAUAUUUAGAUGAUUGAAAGCAACGACUCCUUGCUUUCAAUUUGAUUUCGAAUGCAAAAUAGAGCUGCGCCCUCAAUUCACAAAAAAAGUUAUCAGGCCUUUCAUGAAUUCUGAUUGUUCUAUUCCGUUUUGGUGCUUCAAUGUUUCGAAAAAUUUCUGUGCGCCGCUUACGAUUCAAAUAUAAAUCUCUUGACAGAAAAAACAAGUUUGAUAAAUGCGCAGUUAAGUAUUUUAGGGUAAGUCGCUCACAAAAAUGGAAAGGAAAGUCGACAACUGAAAAAUCAAAGUUGCUUCUGAAUG